GCCCAUUCCGCCUUGGUACACUGAGGCAUCCAUUCUCUUUCAUCUCGUUCGUUUUCAUCGUCGUUCUUUAAGUCCUGCAUUUCGUCUGAGCCAUGGCCCAGCCAGUCAUUUACCGCACCCCGCUCGCCGGACGCCCCCCGUUCGCCACCGACGAGCCAGACUCGGUCUAUCAACAACAGCCUAGCCCGACACGCAGGAUCAGACAGCCUCCCCCUCCGAACCCAAACGAGAGGUCAUCCGCGUAUAACAUAACGUUACGAACGCUGCCAUUGGUACUGGUGCUUACGGCUGUCGUAAAGGGAACUAAAUCCCUUCGCGUUUAUGGCCAGCUACGUUUGACUGUGACGGCAUACAUGCACGAAUGUCAGAGUCACGCGAUACUUGCUCGCUGUGCAAGCAGCAGUUCGGAUUUAAAGCUCGACGCAGGGUAUGAUCAGUACCUAGACGGCAACUCCGGCCCAGCGCAGGCCUCCGAGAAUCCCUUCGAUGACAGCAAACAGCUGAAGCCACAACCUAUCCCGCUCGCUGCCCCCCGGCCCGGCUACGCUGCGCCAGUUGCCGCGCUCAAUCUCUCGCGGCCAGCACGCGCGGCUACCCCGGAGGGCCGCCAGCCCUCACCCAGCACGCCUGAGAUGUCGCAGGCAUACCCGAAGCCGCUCACCCUCGUCUCGCGCCAGAACUCGCCCAUCUCAGGCUCGUUCCCUCACACCCCGCACCAGUUACAGCCUCCGAUGACCCCGAUCGCGCCUGCAUUUAUCCGCCCGUCGAGUGCGGCAAGUAACACGCGCGACGUGAAGUUUUCGCCUACGCAGCCGAUCCUGCGCGGCGAGAAGGAGGAGACUCUCCUUCCGAAGCGCGGGCAGGGCGAAGACUUCUGGAGGCGCUUCAGUAUAGUCGCACACGAGGAAGCACCCGGGAAGAAGAGCACUUGGCUUAGGAAGACGCUGGACGGCGGCUCUCGCCAUUCCCGCUGGGUCUGGUUUACUGGCAUGUUACUACUCAUAAUUAUCAUUGCCGCCAUCGCUUUCGGCGUGUACAAGUCACACUCUGAUGCUUCAUCCAGCUCCAACACGUCUGUCGUCACCGCCUUGGGCGGUAGCGCGAACGAACAGGGCGCGGGAUCUUCGUCCGUCGGAGCGUCAGUGAUAGGCAGUUCAACUUACCUACAUGUCUCUCCCACAAAUACCGUGCAACGUCGUCAGGAUAUCGACGACCCGGUUCCUACCGCGCCCUCUGUCCUCGAUUCCAUUGCCGUCCCCGUCGCCCAUGUGCCCCUUCCUGCCCAUGAUGCUGAUAUCGACGGUGCACGCGCUGUCAGGGCGUUGUCGCGGUCGCACGCCCGGCAUCGCCGCAGCCACGUCAAUCGCACGUCCCAUUAGCCCGCGUCGCGCACGUCCUGGGAUAGGUGUCGCCGCGCGCGACCCGCGUCCCGUCCGCUCGUUACGCUCAGCCUCAUGCAUAUUUAUCGCACUGUUGGAUCACCGUGGUGUCGUGACGCUUCCCAUGUCGCCUCUUCUGGCUUAUCUUCGUGGAUACCCCUGCACGCCCUCGUCCCCACUCGUAUUCGGACUGCGGGCUACAUUUGCGUUCCGGAAGCCUUUCUUCUGCUCCGCUUUUGUCUGUUCUUCUGACGCUUGUCUGGCUUUUGCUUCUUGUGAUGACUGUACAUACCCCUUGCUACUUUCUGGCUUUUACAUGCUUUGGCUUCGGAUGAGCAUACCCUGCAACGCCCUUGUGUACCUAGUACUUCUACGCUUGUCUGCACCUACCAAUAGCGCUAUAUAAAUGUUGCGUUGCAGAU